ACAUGUCUUACUCUUGGAGUACCUUAAAUUACAAGAGUGAUCUUCAAGAAGAGAAGAAUAGCUGUGGUUGUGACAAGAGAAAAAGCAUCUACCAGAUCAGCUGUCUGAAAGAGGAGUCAAAGAAAAGUUGUCCAAGUUCUCAUUCUCAGGGUCCUGAAUGCCAAACCAACUCCAGUGACUCCAACUCCAACAUAUUCAAAAUACAUCACUGCUGUUACUGCAAGCAGCCACAUCACAGAAUGAUGGAUCAUCUUCAGUCAGUUCAUCCUAAUGAACCAGAGGUGGCAAAAGCUCUCACCUUUGACAAGAGCUCACAAGAAAGGAAACAACUUCUGAACCUUCUACAAGCUAGGGGAAAUAUUCUGCACAACACAACUGAGAUUCAAAGUAGUAAACAAGAUUCAUACCCAUUUGGGACGUUUGCAUCAGAGAGUUCAUUUGACAGUAGUGUUUAUUGCAUCUACUGUUUAGGGUUAUUUAACAAGAAGUCUUUUGCUUCACAUUUAGAGCAGUGUAGGGGAAAAUCUACUUACAGUGCUGAGGCUAGCUGUGAUGAAAUGCUUCCUAAUGCUGGGACCAUUCCUCCAACUCCUACACUUAUUUUCCCCUCUAGUCCAGAAGAGAUUGAUGCCAAUGUGGAACCAUCGGGUUUUCAUUGCUUAAACACCCUCUAUAAAGCCGGUUUUGAAAAUGAACAAGGAUGUUCUUCCCAUCCAGACCUCAGCUGCAAUAAACAACCAGACAUCUCAAGUCCAAAUGAGCACAGACAGACAGAUGGUCGCUUUUUACGAUACAGAUGUUCUCCUGAAAAAGUAGGUUAUGAAUUGAAAUCAGGUAAUUAUACCAAUCCAAGCACUGGUCAAGAAGACACAGAUUGUAAUGAGGGAGUAACUCUCCCAAAGUGUGAUGUUGACACACCCAAGAGUAGCAUGAAAGCCCAAACUUCUGGAACAGGGAAGAGGAGGAGGAAGAGGCGCUCACGUGCCCACGAUCAGUCACUGAUCAUGGAUGAUGACUUGCUGGGUGGAGGAGAGAUGCCCAACUCAAAACUGCAUGUCUGCCAGCACUGUAAGGCAACUUUUGGCAGUCCAUACACGCUGCGCAGACAUGAAUACACUCACACGGGUGAGAGACCAUUUUGGUGUCAUCAGUGUAAUGUGGGAUUCAUCCAGAAGUAUCGACUAUUAAAGCACACAUUUGCUUGCCAUGGGGACACGCCAGACCAGGAAAAACUGGUGAAAAGGGCAAAAAGAUCAAUUCAGUAUGAAGUGAUGUCAGUGAGGGAUGAAGAGGUAAAGGAGUAUAUAGAGCCAGCAACAAAGAGUCUGGAGGAUUUACCAAAUGCUGUUAUAGAUGAUACCGGGGAGAAAGUUGCAGACGCAAGGCAAGACACAGAGGUAAGAGAUUUCCAGUGGGAAGAAGCAGGACACAGUACAGUCAAAGACCAUGAUGCAGAUUGCUAGAAGUUAUUGUUUACCUCUUAGUGUUGUUGGGGGUUUUUUUUGUUUGUUUUUUAUGUACAUAUGUUUUACAAUGCUGUCUCGAUCUGAUAGGUUCAAUACUUUGUGGAUUGAUUACUUUGAGGCUGCUCUGUUGUGCAGGUCAUGGCAUAUGUUUAUUAAUUAACUUCAUUGAAAAUAAAAAAAAAUUAGAGGAA